AUAAUGAUAAUGCACGCCAAGAAUCUGGUGUCGAGUCGCUCCAACGCUCCCGACUGUUAUGUCAAGACAUAUCUGAAUCCCGAUCCAAAUAAGUUGACAAAACGCAAGACGCGUGUCGUCAAUAAGACAUGUCAUCCGACUUUUAUGGAAAUGAUUUUAUAUCACGGAAUACCACUCGAAAAACUGCAACAAAAGACUCUUCAGGUUUCGGUCUGGGAUUACGAUAGAGUGACCGAAAACGUGUUGAUCGGCGGAACGCAUAUUAUGUUAAACACGUUGGACCUCAAGAACGAGACGUGCGAUUGGUUUGCACUCCAAGGAAAUUAGAGUUUCAAC